ACACUUCCUCCAUUCCCCGCAAACGAGCAUUUUUGUCUGCUACGAUGGCUUUUAGGCUGCUGCUGUUCAUUUCUCUUCUUACAGAGAACACAGGGUUUAGUGCUGAGAUCUCUGUGUUUGUGCAGACGGGAGAUUCUGUUCAGCUGUAUAUUACUCAGAAACUACCAGAGUUUGAUGAUUUAUCCUGGAUAAAUGAUAAAUCAGAUAUUAUAGUUAAAUAUCUCAAUGAAUCUAAAAAAAUAAAACCUCACCCUUCCUACAAGGACAGAGUGGAUUUCAAUGAUACAACCUUCUCUCUCACACUGAAGAACAUGCAGAAGACAGACAGUGGACUCUAUACAGCCAGAACAAGUGGAUUAUCCAUGGAAGAUAUUGCUGUAUACAGAGUAUCUGUUAUAGAUGGAGUGGAAGCUCCAGUCCUAGCUGUAAACUGGUCUAGCCCUGACGCCUGUAGCUUUUCAUGUAAAGGGGGUCACGUUAUAAUAAGCUCCAUCUAUAAUAGUAGCAGCUGUUCUCCUGAAGAAGAGACAUCACCUGAUGAUAACUACACUUUAAAUCUGAACUGCAGUGAUGACCACAUCGUGUGUAACCAUAGCAACCCAGUGAGCUGGAAGACUGAUCGAAAGAAGGUUAAUGAACUCUGCACUGUUAAUAAAGAAACAACAAAAGCUGUAAGCGAAACACAAUAUCCCUCAUGGCUUAUUCCAUUCAGUUGCAUAUUGACAACGAUUUUGUUGGCAUCAGUGAUCGGCUGGUGUCUCUACACAAGAAAAAAAGAUCAUUCCUACUCCCCUGAUCAGCCGAAUGAACAAACAGUCUAUGAAAAAGUUGAUAAUAUUAAGAAUAUUAAACCACAACAAAGUCCACUGGAGAUGUUGGAGAAAACAGCGAAACCCUGCACACUGUAUGACACUGUGAGAGAACAUGGACCUCCUGAUGUUAAGAUGGAAACCAACGAGAUCUCAACCAGUCAUGACUCUGUGAAUCAGAGUGCAACACUAACAGAGAACAGCAAGCCAAAUACACCAGUCACUGUCUACUGUACGAUUCAGAAGCAACCAAAACCUGAAACUGAAAACACCAUUUAUGCUGUUGUCAAUAAACAGCUAGCCGAGGACAAAUCUGUACACCCAAAACCAGAAUAAAAUAAUAAAGUUGAACGUUUAAUAAAGCUGAACCCUUAUAGUGAUUUAAAUAAAAGUAAGGCUGUUGGUCUCGGUGUAAAUAAGCAGAAAGUAUAGUUUGAGCAGCAAUAUGUAUAUGCAGCAAGUACAUGGUCUCCAUAGUGAAUAUGUAAAUGAAUGUAAAUAAAAUAUUUUUUUAUAGUA